UACAUGAGCGAUAUCCUCAGUACGAUUUGAGCUCUCAGUUUGAAUGCGUGCUGCUGCGAGCGUGAGUUUAAUCGCCUAAACGAAACACGUGGGGAGUCUUUAACCUCAAGGGUAUAAGUGGUAUCUAUUGAGAGUUUGUAAACUAGGUUUGGAUGUCCGACGGAUAGAUCGAGAUUCACUAUAAAGAUAAAACGACGUUAAACGUUUAGAGAACCGUUAACGAAGUGCAUGGCUGCCUUUCUAAUCAACCGCGACCACGACGACGGUAACUGUGCGAAGAAGAGAAAAAUUUCGUUUCAAACGAUACAGUGACGGUGGCUGCAAGGAUAACUGGUGCGGUGUAGUUAACAUGCAAAGACAUUAUUAGCAUUUCAAUUUAGUGCCAGUGAAAACGAAUGAUUAUUGACAUAAACUAAAAAACGAAAAAGACACAAAUGUCCGUGCCGGUAUUUCGUUGUAAAUAAUGUGGUCCACUGUACGUGUCUUAAUUACGCUGUGGAUGGUCUUUUUAUUAACAUGUCUAGUCGUUGGAAAUAUCGAAUACAUCCGGAGCCAAGAAGCAUUAGAAGAAGCCAGAGACGUUGAAAUUCACAGGGCCGUUGUAAAUUCCAUACGUGAAUGGGAGCAUAAUAAAAAAUUCAAGAGUAAACAAGCCAGAUAUAAACGUCAAGAUACAUCAGUAUGUUACCCAGAUUUGGGUUGUUUCGAAUCUUCAGGUCCUUUCGGUUAUUUGGACAUGUUACCUAAUACACCAGAAGAAAUCAGUACGACAUUUCUUUUAUAUCCGUUCAGUAAGAGAAGAAGGAGAAGUGGUACUCAACCCAUUGAGAUACCUUUUAGUAACAUCACCGAUGCUUUUGACUGGUCAACAAAAAACUUUAACGGUACAUUACCCACUAAGGUGAUGAUACAUGGUUUUGGAAGUGAUUGCUCCCACAUUUGGGUGUACGAAAUGAGAAGUGCUUUAUUGGAAGAAGAAGAUGUGAAUGUGAUAUGUGUUGAUUGGACAAACGGUGCAACUUUACCCAAUUAUGUAAAAGCUAGCGCAAAUACAAGACUGGUAGGAAAACAGCUUGCAAUAUUUCUAAAAGGUUUAUCGGAAAACGUGGGACUCCCUUUAGAAAAUAUGCAUCUUAUUGGAUUUAGUUUAGGAGCUCAUGUUGCUGGUUUUGCUGGUUCUGAAUUAGGCAACUUAAGUAGAAUAACAGGAUUGGAUCCAGCUGGACCUCUUUUUGAAUCUCAAGAUCCUAGAGCAAGAUUAGAUCAAUCAGAUGCUGCUUUUGUGGAUGUUAUCCAUAGUAAUGGGGAAAAUUUAAUUUUAGGAGGUUUAGGUUCUUGGCAACCGAUGGGUCAUGUCGAUUUUUAUCCAAACGGUGGUAGGAUGCAGAAGGGAUGUACAAAUUUGUUUGUUGGCGCUUUAACUGAUAUUAUUUGGUCUGCUGGCUCAGAAGGUCGUUCUCUAUGCAAUCAUAGGCGUGCCUAUAAAUUCUUUACGGACUCCAUUUAUCCAAGAUGUCACUUUCCUGCAUUUCCUUGUGAUUCAUACGAUGAUUUCCUGGCGGGUCACUGUUUCCCUUGUACUGAGAAAAGAAAGUGUGGAAAUAUGGGCUACUACGCCGAUCGUCUUAAAGGACGUGGUCAACUGUAUUUACUUACGAGAGACGAAGAACCUUUUUGUGCACAUCAAUACUUAGUAAAAAUUGAAAGUAGUCCUACAGAAGUUCCAAUCGUUAGUUACGGUCGGAUUCAGGUGACAUUGAUAGGAGACACUCUUCUGAAUGAAACCUUCACACUCACUAAAAAAGAAGACGAAGAAAUGCGUUUAGGAGAAUCGAUAUCAAAAAUAAUAGUACCACAUCCAAUACUUUUACCACCGAGCCACGUUCAAGUACUUUACACUUCCUAUAAUGGAUGGUUAACGUCGGGUUUGCACCAAUGGAAGAUAGAUAAAAUUUCUUUUAGCGAUAGCUACGGGAAAAGCCUUUCUGUUUGCCGGAAAAAUUUGAUUUUAGAAUCGGGCGUUCACAUAACUUUGCCAUUAUUUGACGGAGAUUGCAAUAUUUUCGGUGAAGAUAACGAAAGGCAAUACGCCGAGGAUAGACUUGAUGAUAAACAUCGAUCGAAAUUCGUUCCAAAUUUAAUCGAAGAAGAAAAAAAUAAUUCAAUUUCUAAAAUUGAGGCUAAUGAUCGAGAUAAUACCGUCGAUACAGAAACAGAAUCAAGUAGAGCUUUUAAUACAAGACAUGUAAAAUCAGCUAGUUACGAUCACGGAAAUAAUUCCAACGCAAUAAGGGAAGUAGUCGAACCAAUUUUAAAAGCUCAAGCAACAAAAAAUGCGAGAGCUCAUAAUCCUGAUAAAGAGAGACCAGAAAUAACCGAACCAAUAUUAGGACCAACAACUUCAAACUAUGGAGCUACAACUAAAGAAUCAAAAAUUAUAGCGAGAAAAGAAAAAGAAACUGUAUUCCGCGAUGAAAUAACAACCAUUGAUAAAUGGAAAAGAGAAGAUGAAUCUAAAUCUGCCUCAAUAAACUUUAACUUACAACCUCAACGACAAGAAAAUGGAUUUGACGCGUUAGUAAGAACGGUUCAAUUCUUACCGCAAAGAAUAGCAAGGAUGUUUGAGGACGCCGAAAAGUACGCCAGAGAAACCAUCCUUCCAUUCGUUAGUACUUACACGCCAAGAUUUAUUUCUGACUUCAUUAACCCAAGAGAUAGAGACAAUCAAAGACGUUACGUUCCAUUACAUUUUGAAGAAACCGUCACAACAACAAAGAAGCCAAAACAAACAACCACAAAAACAACUACAACUUCAUCAUCCACUACUUUUUCCACCACAACAACCGAACGGAAGCCAUUAAAAGACGAUUCUAGUAAUGCAAUUCAUACGAAAGAGCGGCAGUUAAGCUUGCCUUCAAAACCAAGUGCAGAUUUAACAUCACCAAGAGAAAAACAUGAAGGAGAAUCAACUACUCCCUACACUCACAUACAAAAAAUUCAAAAGAAAACCGAAAAGGUUGCUAUAGUGUAUCCUGAAAACUCGGAAACUAUGUGGGCUGCGCUUCUAAAAACUGCCGAAACAGUAAGAGCUGAGAAAUUGAAGGCUGAAACUACAACGGUUAUUAGUCAAUCACAAAGAAGUAUAAAUGGUGCCAAAAGGAGUGUUCCAAACGAAAUUUAUGUAAAUCUACCGGUGUUUGAAGAUGAUUAUAAAUCCAUCAAAUAUAUCCCGUUAUCAGAUGAAUCUAGAUAAUCAGAUGCGUUUUGUAAUAAUAGUAAUUGUAAAUUUAAUAAUAAUAAUUAUUUGUACAUAAAUUUGAAUAGGAUUAUUUUUAUAAUAUUUAAUAUAUUAAUUGACGAGACGAUUCAUUGUGUGAUUUUCUUAUUUUAAUAAAAAGAAAUAUUUCGUGAUA